AAUAAAGAGUAGUAAUAACUUUCAAAAAUGUCCAAUGAAAAUAAGAAAACGGUCCAUAUAGAUAUUGUAUCUGAUGUAAUUUGUCCAUGGUGUUAUGUUGGAAAACGAAGACUCGAGGAAGCAAUUAAACAAUCGAAAGAACUAUAUCCAAAUCUUUCUUUUGAAAUCGAGUGGUUUCCUUAUUUGUUAGAUCCAUCGCUAACAAAGGAACCCCAGUCUAAAAAGGAAAUACUAAUGAAAAAAUUUGGAGAAUCAACAUUUAACUCCAAUGCAGCGAUACUAAUUGAAUCAGGCAGAGAGAUCGGGAUUAGCUUCGAUCAUGACGGAGUUGUAGCUCAAACUUACGAUGCACAUCGCUUAAUCAAUUAUGCAAAAUCACAAGGAAAACACGAAGAAAUAGUAGAAGUAUUAUUUCAUAAUUAUCAUGAGGAAGGCAAAAGUCCGGCAGAUUAUGAUGUUCUUUCGGAAGCUGCAGCGUCUGUUGGUUUAGAUAAAGAAAAAGUAUUGCAAUUCUUGAAGAGUGAAGAAGGAAUGCAACAAGUUAAAGAUGAGAUAUCACAAGCUCUUAAAAAAGGAAUUGCCGGUGUACCACAUUUUACUAUUAAUAACAAAUUUGAUGUAUCCGGCGGUCAAGGGCCUAAAAUCUGGCUUGAAAUUUUUGAAAACAUUUCAAAGGAAUAGAUGAAAUGAUAAUCGUACACAAUAAUCGGUUAUCAAACAUAAAGAAAAUAAGUUUUAGAUUGGACGACGUAUUAAGCUGCAUGUAAUUGCGUAAACCGGAAAACUUUAUUUUGUAUUUAAUCUAUAUGACUAAUUAUGGAACUGAUUAUCCUAUGCAAGAGAAGAGUAUAAUAGAAUUACGUGCUCUAUGGAUUAAUAGACGAAAAAAGAAAAGAUUGUAUUAUGUAAGAAUAUCUGGUUGAUAAACUCGAUAUUUAUUAUAUAUUCUAUUCUAUUAUUUAUUUAUUUAUU